UUAUCAGUUUCUGACAGCCUCCUGCUCUCCUGAGAUGCCUUCAGCCCUUGACACCAACAUGAGGUUCUCGUUCUCGAUCGUGGCUCUUCUUCUGGAAGUGAUCACCAUUGUAUUGUUUGGGAUAUUUGUGGAAUAUGACAACAGCGAUGACUCUCGAACUUUAUACCCAUUCUUUCAGGAUGUCCAUGUAAUGAUAUUUGUUGGAUUUGGCUUUCUGAUGACCUUUCUGAAGAAAUACGGAUUCAGCAGUGUUGGUAUCAACAUGCUCAUUGCUGCCUUUGGUCUCCAGUGGGGAACCCUGAUGCAAGGAUUUUGGCACUCGAAAGGAGAGAAAAUUCACGUUAAUAUUAAAAGCAUAAUAAAUGCAGACUUCAGUACAGCAACUGCUUUGAUUUCAUUUGGAGCAGUCCUGGGGAAAACAAGUCCUGCUCAGAUGCUGAUCAUGACAAUUCUGGAGGUCACAAUCUUUGCAUGUAACGAACAUCUAGUUACAGAAAUACUUCAGGCCACAGAUGUCGGAGCCUCAAUGACUAUCCAUGCUUUUGGAGCUUACUUUGGUCUGGCUGUGACACUAGUCUUGUAUCGUCCUGGUUUGAAAAACAAACAUGAAAAUGAAGAAUCUACCUAUGAUUCGGACAUGUUUGCUAUGAUUGGUACCCUGUUCCUUUGGCUUUUUUGGCCCAGUUUUAACUCUGCCAUUGCAUCUGAACCAUUUUACCAGAUUAAAGCGAUUGUCAACACUUACUAUUCCUUGGCUGCAUGUACUGUCGUAACAUUUGCCCUCUCCAGCCUGGUGGAUCAAAGAGGCAAAUUCAGUAUGGUUCUCAUUCAAAAUGCCACCCUGGCAGGAGGAGUAGCAGUGGGUACCUGUGCUGACCUGUCCAUCCACCCUUUUGCUGCCAUGUGCAUCGGGGGCAUUGCUGGAAUCAUCUCUGUGCUUGGGUUCCACUUUCUGACUCCUUUUCUGGCAUCCAAGCUGAACAUUCAAGACACUUGUGGAGUUCAUAAUUUACAUGGUUUACCUGGAAUACUGGGAGGUAUCGCUGGCAUCGUAGUAACUGCAAUAAAACAGGAAAAUAGGAAAGGUGUCCUCUUUACUCCUGGCAUGCAGGCUGCUGCCCUGGGCAGUACAAUCGGUAUUGCACUGGUGGGUGGAGCGUUGACAGGUGGUAUUCUAAAGCUGCCCUUCUUGGGACAAGUAUCUGACCAGAAUUGCUUUGACGAUUCUGUUUAUUGGGAGGUUCCAGAAAAGGAGAAUCCACAUGAAAUUCACUCCAACAAAUAUGAGGAACACAGCAGAUCUGAUGCCACUAUGUAGAAAAAUAAUUGUAAUAUUUGUCCUAAUAAUGCUCUUUUCAGUUUAUAAUGCAAAAAAACCCAACAUUAAGAUAUUGUCUUAGCCACACUGGGUUUUCAAGAAAGAAAUGUAGAUAGAUAUAUUUUUGUAAUAUAAAACAAGCUUGAUUUUAGAAUACAUAGUCAUUAUGCCAAGCUCAGGUGAAUUAUUCAGAUCCUUCUAAUAUAUUUGUUCGUCAUAAAAACCUACCACAAACUGAUCUACAAAAUUACCUGUAUUUUACCUUUUGUCAUCACUGUGUCAAUAUAUCCAUUGAAACAACCUUUGUGUUUCAAGCCUAUUACAAGAUACCAUACCUGACUGUAAGAUUUCUGAGUUACCAUCACACUCUUCAACUGCAUAGGGGUAAUCAAGAAGAAAUAGAGUGAUACUGUUUAUUUGGAUUCUAACAAGCUUUUCACCAGAGCAUCCCAGAUUAACUUUUUAAGAAAAUGUGUUCUCCUAGUUUUGGAUGGGGGAGAAAAUGUGCUGUAUUUUGAAGAUUGGUUAUGACAGGAAAGAAAAUGUUGAAAUCAUUUCCAUGGCAAAGCACAGAAUAUAGUGAUUGAUGAGGUAUACAUACUAAGUGGUAAUAUGAGUAUCAAGAUUCUUUGUUAAUAGGUUUAUUGAAAGGGAGAGUAAAGUGAAAUAAUAGUGAAAAAAAAUAAUUAUUGGCAUAGAUUUUUUACACUGUUGAUUGUUUCAAGGACACAAUAAGGGAAUUGAGUAGGAACUAUGACAAACAGGUAAUUACAUAAGAUGUCUUCUUAUGUCCAACAGUAAUAAGUGGUUAGUAGCACUGUUAAUGUCAAUAGAUAUAAACUGAACUCAAUGUUAGCUCCAAGGAAAAGUGUGAGUUGUUAGGAACUGGUCAGAGAGCAGCUGUGUUCAGGCUACAGAAGACCCAGUGGAGAACUUCCAUGUGGUGAGUCACUACCUUUGAAGUCACUGCUUCCUAAACCAACAGAAAGCAGAAAGAAAAAUACUGAAGCUAAAUUAAGGUAAAAUAACUCCACCUGAGAAGUGAUGACAGAAACAGACACCAAAAAUGAGGUAUCUGAAGGAACCCUACGAGAUGACAGUAGCUGGGAGCAGUCACACAUCUGUACCUACCUACAUGGGGCAAUCCAUCGAGAGGCAAUGGAUGGGAGAUGAAAAUCGAACAGAAAGAUGCCUCUAGGUGUUAAUCAGAUGCAGAAAGCUACCACUCGUGUCAGAAGGGCAAGCUACAGUGGAUAAACUUUCAAGACUUCUUUAACUUAGCAUCUUUUUUCGAGUCGUAAUUAUCAGGUUUAAGGGGAAAAUUCCCAUAUAAAAUAGCACCGAUAAUUUCAGUUCUGCUGAUGUAUUUUUCCUUGAAAAACUUCAGAAAGAUACUAGGCAAGGCUGUCCCAUAUGUUAUAUCAACUCUAUACUGCUUUAUGUGUCAGAUUUCUACCUAUGAAUGAUACAUUUGUUGUAGCACACUUUAGUUCAGAUAUGCUCUUUUGGAGACGUGCAAUGAAUGACUUUUCCACCUUGUUGGCUAGAAGACAUUUUUUAUUCUUCACACAAUCAUUUUUGUAAAAACUAAGAAGGCGUUUAACAAUAUAAAUAUUGCAUAUGUAAACAUUUUAGAAGUAUUUUGUGCAUAAUAUAUAAACACAAAGUACUGAAGUACUUGAAAAAGAUUCCAUAUGUAGACAGACUGUACAAGUCUUAUCCUCAAUACACGGAGCUUAGCCUUCAAAAUCCUCCUUGGGAAUUCAGAGGGUCUUUCAUUCACCUACAGCUGCGAGAUAACUUCACUGACUGUGUUGACCGCAAAGGAACAUCUGAGUCAGAAAGUAGCACUCACUGUGAGUCUUUCAGAAUGAUGCCCUCAGUAGUUAUCUUUAGUUCUUUAAAACAAAAGGGGGGAAAAUAAACUACUAAGUUUUGUUCACCAGUUCUCCUUAUAAUCUUUCCGUAGUAACCUAGACCCUCAUCCACUAAGUACUCAUUCUUCUGCCUUUCUUUGGAAGAUUACUGUUCCAGAGAAAUCAGUCCUUCAGGUUCUCUCAAAAAAAGAGAGGCAAGGAGAUGAACCCCUUUGCAUGGAUAUUUAUUCUGCCUAACCUAGCUAUCAUUUUCAGGAAUUUAUUUGUUUUCUUUUUGACAAAGGACUCUAGAAGUAGGGCCUGUAGCAAUAGCUCAAAGUGCCUGUAGAGAUAGUACAAAAGGUAAAAUGUUUUAAAGAGGGUAGAUUCAGACUAGAUAUUAGGAAGAAAAUUUUUAUGAUGGGUGUGGUGAAACACUGGAACAA